CAUCGAGCCGCGCUUGUCCACCACGCCUUGUGCCUUUGUCAUACUUGUCCGGCCGGACAACUUGGAAACACUCAUUCCUGCAGGGUCAAGCAACAUGCCGACUCUUCUUGGCUCCAGCUCUCGGUCCCGGGACCGGCCCUUCUUGCCUCCGUGUACAUAAGACCGCCGCGAUGGCGCCCACGGGAUGGCAUGACAUGAUGAAAGCCGACCAACCACCACGGUGACUCGACGGUUCUCACCUCCGUCGUACCAAGUACAGCAUUUCAAUAUAAUUCGCCUCUAGACUAUCAAUAAUCAUGUCUUCAACCCCCUUUGUCGCCGUAGCCGGUGCCACCGGCGGCUUGGGCAAGCUGGUCGUGGCCGCCCUCAGCAGGCGCGGCGUGCCCGUCAAGGCGCUUGUCCGGCCGGGCAGCAGCACGAAGAAGACACUGCCACUGCGCGAGCUCGGCCGCGACGUCUCCAUCGUCGAGGUCGACAUGGCCGACGUGCCCACGCUAACCCGCGAGCUACAAGGCUCCCGCUGCGUCGUGUCGACCCUGCAAGGGCUAGCGGACGUCCUCCACGGCGCUCAAGGCACCCUCCUCGACGCGGCCGUCGCUGCCCGGGUGCCGCGGUUCAUCCCCUCGGACUACUCCCUCGACUUUACAAAGACCCGCCCCGGCUCGAACCGCAACCUCGACCUGCACCGGCAGUUCCACGCGCGGCUCGAGAGCUCGGGCAUUGCCUGGACUUCGGUCCUGAACGGCGCCUUUAUGGACAUGCUCGCACCGCCCGUCAACAUGGUCGAUCGCCGGAAGCGCAAGGUCAUGUACGCGGGGAGCCCCGACCAGAAGUGCGAUUACACCACCAUGGCCGACACGGCCGCCUUCACGGCCGCCGUCGCCGCCGACCCGGCGCCCACGAUGCCCAAGAUCCUCCGCAUCGCCGGCGACGUCGUCAGUGCCCGCGAGCUCGCUGCCGCCGCGACCCGCGCGGACGCCGGCAAUGGUGAUGACGCGCGGCCGUUCCGCGCAUCGUGGAUCGGCAGCGUGUGGUUCCUCGAGCUCGUGAUCCCUGUCCUCCGGUUCUUCAUGGGCGGCGAGGACCAGCAGAUGCCCCCGUGGCAGGGGCUGCAGUACUUGGUCAACAUGGCCUCGGGCCAGGGCAAGCUCGACCCGCUCGAUAAUGACCGGUAUCCGGAGCUCAAGUGGACGAGGGUUGAGGACUUGUUGAGGGUGCACUACAAAGCUGAAGCGGCCAAGACCAAGUGAUUCGGGGGUUGUUGCUUGCUAAGAUGAAGCACCACGCACAAGUUCUCUUAUUUAUGCUCCGCAGCUGUCAAGCGGAGCUAUCAAAGCGACUUUCUUCCACUGUAAUCUGUAGCUUAGCAUAGACACCCGCAACCCUUUGCAAAUAUAUAUACAUGUCAGGCUUGUCAUCCCUACAAUUGC